UCCUUCUAAUGAGUGAGUCAAGCAAGAAGUAAACCCAAGCAAGGAAAGGAGCAAGGCAAGAGCAGCGGUCACUUUGCCCAUUGAUUGUCGCCGCGGGAUAAUGCGAGUGCGGCUCUUUUCGUGACAUUUCAGCCGUGCACAUCGAAAAUUCAGCAGUGCCAUCAGAAAAAAGCCUAGCCAUGAAGCACUUUUUGCUCGCGUCUCUUCUGCUCCUCUGGGUUGGCGCCUCACACCAGCAGCAGCAGAUCCUCGCACCCGAAAAAUUGGUCGUGCAGAACCCCUGCGUCUCAAAACAGACCUGCGGAGAUUGCAUCCAAACGCCCACCUGCGCCUGGUGCUCACAGCCGAAUUUCGGCAAUGGAACCAACGUGAAACGCUGCUUCCAGCCAGAAGGAAGUGACCGCAGCAAGUUCCAAUGCAAGCGGGAAUUCAUCGUCAACCCUGACAAUGUGUACACUGUACUCAUGUCCAAGGAGCUGUCCAAAGCCAAAGAAGGUUCCGAGUCGGUGCAGGUACACCCGCAGAGGGUCAGCCUUAAACUCCGAAUAGCCGAGGCGUACCGCUUCACAAUGGACUACGCACAGGCCGAAGAUUAUCCGGUUGACCUUUAUUAUUUGAUGGACUUGUCCAAGUCCAUGGAGGAUGACAAGGACAAGCUGUCCGAACUUGGAGACUUGCUGGCCGAGGCUAUGCAGAACAUAACUUCUAACUUCCGUCUUGGCUUCGGGAGCUUCGUCGACAAAGUGGUCAUGCCUUACGUGAGCACUGUCCCCAAGAAAUUACAGGCACCGUGCGAUGGUUGCGAAGCGCCGUACGGUUUCCGUAACCACAUGACCCUUGAUGAUGACACUGGCAGGUUUGCUGGUGAAGUGAAAAAGGCGGCCGUUUCUGGCAACCUUGACGCUCCAGAGGGAGGUUUUGACGCCAUCAUGCAGGCUGUCGUCUGCCGUGAUCAGAUUGGAUGGCGUGAAAAGGCCCGACGUCUCUUGGUUUUCUCAACAGAUGCUGGAUUCCAUUACGCUGGAGAUGGAAAACUUGGUGGAAUUGUGAAGCCAAACGAUGGCGAGUGCCAUUUGGACCAGGCUGGCAUGUACACCCACUCGACCCUGCAGGACUAUCCCUCCAUCUCGCAGGUCAACCUGAAGGUCAAGCAGAACGCAAUCAACGUCAUCUUUGCCGUCACAGCCAACCAGAUCAACAUCUAUGACAAACUCAAGGACAACAUUGAAGGCGCCUCUUCCGGAACUCUUUCCGACGAUUCUGCUAACGUGGUUGAACUUGUUAGGGAGCAAUAUGGCAAAAUCUCCUCGUCCGUUGAAAUCAAGGACAACGCCACAAGUGCUGUCAAGGUCACCUACUACUCGAGUUGCCUGACCCCUGGCCCUCUGAAGCAGACCAACAAGUGUGACGGGCUGAAAGUUGGCACGAAAGUGAGCUUCGUGAUUGAGAUCGAGGUGACCAGCUGCCCCAAGGACCGCAAAGAGUGGAAUCAGAUCCUGCAGGUCUAUCCAGUCGGCAUCAACGAGAGUCUCAUUGUUGAUUUGGAAAUGCUGUGCGACUGUCCCUGCGAAAACCCUGGGAAUCCCGGCUACAAGCAGAAUGCUAAGGAGUGCUCGUACUCGGGCACCUACAAGUGUGGCGUUUGUGAAUGUGACGAUUCUCAUUUUGGCCGUAAAUGUGAGUGCAACAGUGAGAACGCCCACGGCACCAAGGAUCUGACCUCCAGCUGCAGACCCGACAACUACACUACGGUCGACUGUUCAGGUCGAGGCAGCUGCGUCUGUGGUGUUUGCGAAUGUGAAGCCAGACAAAACCCAGAAGAGAGCAUCUCUGGUCCUUUCUGCGAGUGUGACAACUUCUCGUGCGACAGACACAACGGUCUGCUGUGCUCAGGGCCGGACCAUGGUACCUGUGUCUGCGGCUCUUGCCAGUGCAACGCUGGCUGGACAGGCAAGUCUUGCGACUGCAAAAUCUCACAAGACACCUGUAUUCCACCUGGAGGAGGAGAGAUCUGUUCUGGCAAGGGUUCUUGCGAGUGUGGCGUCUGCAAGUGCUUUGAAGAUGCUGAAAAGGGCAGAUACUUUGGACGCUACUGCGAGAAGUGCAAUACUUGCACCGGUCGCUGCAACGAGUUUAAGGAAUGCGUUCAGUGCCAGGUUUACAAGACUGGGUCUUUUGACGAGGAGGCUUGCAGACAAAAUUGCACAACUUUUGUACCUUCGGUUGUUGACGAAGUCACUGCUAAUGAAGAGGAGGAUGAGUACCUGUGCCGGUUUUACGAUGAGGACGAUUGCCGCUUUGCCUACGUGUACUCGUGGGACGAGGCCGGAAAGAUUGUGGUGCGCGCCCAGGAACACCGUGACUGCCCUCCUCAGAUCUACAUCCUUGGUAUUGUAUUGGGUGUGAUUGGAGCAAUCGUGCUAAUUGGUCUGGCUCUUCUGCUCUUGUGGAAGCUUCUUACCACAAUCCAUGACAGACGCGAGUUUGCCAAGUUUGAAAACGAACGCAUGAUGGCCAAAUGGGAUACAGGUGAGAAUCCCAUCUAUAAGCAGGCGACGUCCACCUUCAAGAAUCCCACUUAUGCCGGGAAGUGAAUUAAACAUUUUUAAUGACUAAUUGCAAUUGUGUUGCCUAAAUUCUAAUUUGGUUUGAUAGUCAGUGUGUGCGUCGAUUAGGUUGUCAGGUGCUUAUGCAGGUUAAGAAUAACUAAAUACUUGCGCUCUCCCUCAGUCAAUUAUUACUCGUUAUUUUUCAUCUCUGCAUUAUUUUUUCGAGGUAAUUUAUUGUCUUCAGUGCCAUUUUUGUUCUAAAACGGUAUUUGUAUUAUUGUAAACGCCUUUAAACAAUAUUUGAGGAGUGCCUCCGAUGAAACGUGCUUUACACGUGCAGCUAAAUGAAUUGCCUUAGAGGAAACUUUCUGUCCUAAGAGAAAGACUAAAAAUUGGACUAUAUACUUACUAAAUCGUGUUGUUGUAACAAAAAUUAGAAUUUUGUCUAAUUAUUGCCAUCCGUGUCGUUUCGAUAUAUAUUUUGUAAGAGUUUUGCAUGAAUUAUUAUUGAAUGGAAUGGAAUGUAUGUCUAGCAUUAUAUUUAGAGCAGAGGUUCUUGUCUUGCUGAGGAAAAUGUGCAAGAGAAUUGAAAACUCACUGCCAGCAGUUGACUCGAAGAUAGCAGGAUCUUAUUUUAAAUUUAAGUCCUCAGAGGAUGAUUCAAAUUGUUUUUGUGAUUUCUCUCUUUUGAAUGCACAGUAUACCCUUCCGUCUGAACUUAUAUGUUAACACAAAAAGGUGCUAAUUUUAAAAAUUGAACGAUUUACUGAGGUAUGUUUUUACUCUAAAUUAACUGAAUUUUAAAAUCAAAGACUAAUUUAGUUUACUCCGAAUAAAAAAGGAGAUGAAUGUUUGAGCACAAUGAAUUUUACGAAUCUGUAUAAAAAAUAAAGUAUUAAUGAGA